CUUCAAUCCAAAACCACCUUACCGUACUUUGCAGACAGCGCAUACCACUCCUUUGUUGAAUGGACGCCUUGUAGCACGGGUCUACUGGUCAAUAUGGCGUCUGGUUACGGCUUGACAGGCGGCGUGUCGCGAUGCUUUCCCUUCUGGCAAGAAUAUAUGUCAUGCUACGUUAUCAAUCAAAAUGACCUCGAGGCGAGGAAACGAGGUGUAUGCGCGCCGAGGUUAGAAGAUUACUAUGAGUGCCUGCACCACAAGAAGGAGUACGCACGCACAGCAGCCAUUCAGAAUGCCCUACGGAAAGCCGAAGCAGCAAGUCCGCGAGAAAACGCACCAAAGGUCGGCCAAAUUCAGAGCCUUGGUUUGAUUGGGAAAGACGACGAGUCAAGAGCCCUGCUACAAACGAACGCUGCCUAAAGGAAGGAGCAUCUACCCCCAGUGGAAAUUUUUUGCUUGUUGGCGCUGUCGUGCCGGAGGAGCUCUACAGCUUGUACAUAUUAGAAGAAAAAGGACACAGCAAUGGACCGAGCGGACUAUACCACAAAUGACAGACGAUCACAACGCGGCCGAGCACCAGGUGAUAGAUGUACGAGAAGUCUUUAGUUGGCUUGGUGGCCUUGCAAAUGACUUAUUAGUGCACGUACUCGCACAAGGUAUUGUCAAUGAGCCACCCAACGGGCUUUCAGAACCAUGCCGUCAAAACAUCUGGAGCCCGAAGUCGCCUGAAGUCGCCUGAAGUUUGCAUGAUUUAGCAAGCUUCCGUUGAUGUCAAUCAUUUGAAGGUCUCCAACUGUAGCUUGACCAGUACACAAGAUGACAAUCUCAGCAUAAAGUCCUGACAUG